UACAGAAAAAUACCAUUCUAUUCCGCACGAAAAUCUAUAAAAAACCGCUGUGCUCCCGCUGGUUUGCAGUCAUUCAGGGAUCUCUCGAUAAGGAUUUUUCAGCAUAACUCCAACGAAAAGCAACGAGAUGUCGGAAAGCGAGAUGAUCAAACAGCCGAAGGAAGAAAACGCAACGGGCUCGACAGGCGAGGAGUCGCUCAAGGCGACCUUCGUGGCCGUGAGCGUGCUCCAUGUGGGGGGGGAGGCAAUCUGCGCCAGCCUCUCGGAGGACACCAGCCUGCUGGCCGUGGCCAGGGCAGACUGCUCGGUGCACGUCCUUCGGCUGAAGCUCCAUGUGAGCGGCGCAAAGGCGGACUGGACCCACGGCAAAACGACCACCCUCAGCGGUCACCAGGCCACCGUCUACCUCGGAUCGUUCUCGACCGACGGGUCGCAACUCCUGACGUGCUCGGCGGACUUCGGCAUGCGCAUGUGGAACGUACAGUCCGGCAGAUGUUUGGCCUUCUGCAGGCAAACCACCAGCUUCAUUCGAGGCAUCGCCUUCAUCUCGUACGCCUCUUCAUAUGCCACCGUCGAGGACGUUGGCUACGCAUCCAUCUGGAGGGCGGACGGAGAGAAGAUCGUUUGCACGAAGAGAGUGUUCCAGGAGCAAGAGCUGAAGGUCUGCAUAUUCCAUCCGAAAAAGAAAUACGUGGUCUCUGGAUCGACUUCCAGCAAGGUCCGCAUAUGGGACCCCGCCUGGGACCGCUAUACCACGGACCUCAUCGACUUCAACAGCACUGCGAUCACUGCCCUGGCCUUCACCUCGUGCGGCAGCUACAUGGCCGCGGGUGUCGCCGAGGGCCAAGUCAUCUUGCGGAACAUGAACUCCAAGCUCGUGGUGUGUAUCUUUCACCAGCACGCGGCUGCCAUUACCUCGAUGGCCUUCGACAGGGACAACUUUCGCCUAGCCGUGGGCAGCCGGGACGCCAAGAUGAGCGUCUGGGAGUUUGGGGCACCGGCCAUGGAGUCGCGGGCCAGCGACUGUGGACGCGUGCUGAAGGUUAGCUUCGUCAGCGACUCCCACCUGGUGGGCAUCUGCGUCGACGGGGAGGAGAGUAACCCACUUGCACUGAAAGCCCCAACUGGCUCUUCGAGCCCGCGAGAUUUUUUCUAGACGGUUAAUAAAUAAAUACGACUAACGAAACAUCUAA